AAGCCUCAACAGAGUUUACAAAUACAUCUUGGGAGAAGACAUUUUUAAAUGAAGAGUUCCAGAUAAGCAGUUUAUUAUAGAUAUAUAAUAUAUUCUUAACAGAGAGUAGAUGGAGUCAAUAAUGAAUAACCCUCAGGAUGAUAUCCAAGUUUUCCCUUGUGUGAAAGAUUUAGUGAAGGUUUUGUACGGAGGAAAAAGGUUUGGCAAUCGUGUGGAUGAAGUUUGGCCAAAUUUGUUCAUUGGCGACAUGUCAGUGGCCAACGAUCGCUACAGUCUGUGGAAGCUGGGAAUCACUCAUGUUGUGAACGCAGCUCACGGGAGGAUGUACUGUCAGGGGAGCCACGACUUCUACGGAUCCUCUGUGGAUUAUUACGGAGUGCCUGCAGAUGACUCACCGUCCUUUGACCUCUCUCGCUAUUUCUUUCCCUCUGCUGAUUAUAUUCAGGAUGCGCUCAACACGACUGGCGCUCGGGUUUUUGUCCACUGCGCAGUUGGAGUCAGCAGGUCUGCCUCCCUGGUCCUGGCCUACCUAAUGAUCUACCAGCGUUACACCCUGCUAGAGGCCAUCAAUAAGGUCAAAGAGCGCAGGUGGAUUUUCCCCAACACAGGAUUCCUCAAACAGCUCCGUGCUUUGGAUGUAGAACUACGCAACACAUGGGCAGUAGCCCAAAACAAGACUGCCUUGCUGAAGUUAGGUAUAACUCAUGUAUUAAACGCUGCUCACUCCAAGCGAGGCAGCAUAGGGAACCACAGCUUUUAUGGCAACGACUUUGUGUAUUGUGGCAUUCCAGCAGAUGACUCGACACACUUCGAUCUGGAUGUUUACUUCCAGCCCGCAGCCGAUUUCAUUCAAAAGGCUCUGAAGUCACCUGAUGGGAAAGUUCUGGUGCACUGCAUCAUGGGAAUGAGCCGCUCCUCGACGCUGGUGUUGGCGUACCUUAUGAUCCACCGCCAACUCCCGCUCAAACGGGCUUUGCAGAAAUUGAUCCAGAAGAGAGCCAUCUACCCCAACAGGAACUUCCUGGCUCUGCUGUUGGAUCUGGAUCUUCAGCUGACGAGAAAAGAGAAAUCGUCUCGGGUUGUAAAAGAGGAAGUGGAGUAUUCAGACAUGCCCAGAGGCCUCGGCUGCCCAGUGAGCCCUGAGGGGGCGGGAGGCAGAUAUGAGACCCCCCCGGCUUCAGAGCUCCAGAGGCUGAUGUGGACAAAGAAAGGGAGCUGCAACCAUCUGGAUGAGGUUCAGCCCAGGAUCUAUAUCGGAGACAUGUACGCAGCCAAAGACAAGAGGACACUCCAAGCUCACCACAUCACCCACGUGCUCAAUGCUGCCGACGGGAAGUUCAACGUGAACACGGGGCCGAGCUUCUACAGACACACCAGCAUCACUUAUCAUGGAGUGGAAGCUUUUGACAUGGCGUCCUUUAACCUGAGCCCCUUCUUUUACUCAGCCGCCAAUUUCAUCAAGAACGCUCUGAGCUCGCCCACAGGUAAAGUGUUUGUCCACUGCGCGAUGGGCCUCAGCCGCUCGUCCACCUUGGUCCUGGCGUAUCUGGUGAUCCACGAGAACAUGACGCUGGUGGACGCGAUCAAAGCCGUCAGCGCCAACAGAAACAUCUCGCCCAACGCCGGCUUCCUGGAGCAGCUGAGAGAGCUGGACAAACAACUGCACUACCAAGGAUCCUCGAGGAGCGGGAACGGAAACAGGCGAACUUGAGAUAAAAUCAGACCUUGACAGUGGAUCACCAUGUUGCCUCCUGUCAACUUGAAGUUUUUAAAUACCCUAUACAUCAAGAUAAGCCUCUGACUUCAUCUUUUUUAGUGUCACAAAGCGAGUGAUGUCAUUUGGAACCAAGUCCGCAAUUGUGGAGCAGAGUUGAACCCGUCACACAUGCUCAGCCAAUUGCAAGUCAGUCUCAUGAUGUUAAAUAAAUAAAUAAAACAAACCAGAAGAAUUAA